CCCAUAUCCUCACCUGUCAGUCAACAUCUGUGGUUGUAGGAGUCUGUCUGCCUGCAAUUGCUCGCCGGUUCUUCACUCAACCCUCUCCGAUACAUUACCCUCCCUGACCCUCAAAGUGGCUUCGCACAGCUAAGCUACUCCACCCACCCUCUACGCAAUACACCCUUUGGUCAACUCGAAACGGUUUAUUCUGAAACAUGGCAUCCGAAGCAGUUGCUAGCUCUGCCACCGAGGGCCUGACCCCCGCGCAGCAGCUCGCCCAACAGCACGAGAACAACGACCACCACGUCACCGUCGAGGAUGUCCCUGAUGAGGAGGACAUCCCACACCCUCCCCCUUCGGCUGCCAAGUCUGCCUCUGCCGACGCCCCUCUGAGCGAGAAGGCUGCCGGUAAGCAGAAGGCUGAGGAGCCCGCUCCUGCCCCCAAGAAGCCCGCACUCAAUACUCAGUCCGAGGAGGCCUUCCCAGCUCUCGGUCCCGUCAAGCCGCGCGCGCAGGCUCCUGUCCCUACCUGGGGCAAGAAGCCAGCUGCUGUCUCUUCCUAUGGUGCCAAUGGCAGCAACGGCAACUCUGGUGCAUCCACCCCCUCUGGUCCUGCUAUCCGUGGUCCUGCUAUCGCAACUAUGAACCUCCCCGGCAAGCACACCGAGCGCAUCUCCUUCUCCACCGCUCAGUUGACGCCGCGCCAGCAGCUCAAGAAGCCUGUCGGCGAGAUCAUCCGCGAGAUCAACAGGCGCUCCAAGGCCAAGCUCGAGCAGAAGACAGGACCCCACGGACAGAUCAUCUUCGAGUCUACCGGUCCUGUUGACGCUGUAAGGGAGUCUCUCAGGGAUAUUGCCAACGAGGUUGGAAGCAAGCAAUCCGUCGACGUCCCUGUCCCUGCAUCCGUCCGCGCCCACAUCAUCGGUCGACAAGGAUCCAAGAUCCAGGAAAUCAGCAAGCGCACCGGCGCCCGCAUCCAGGUCCCCAAGGCAGAGGCUGGUGAGGAUGAGGAUACCGUUGUCAACGUUCACAUCGAGGGCAAUGCUCUGACCGCCGAGAUGGCCCGUCGCGAGAUCGACGCCAUCGUCAACGAGCGCACAUCGACCGUCAACCUGCGUCUGAAGGACAUUCCCGCCGAGUUCUACCCUUUCCUUGCUGGUCCCCAGAACAGGCACACCGACAACCUGACACAAGGCAAGGACAUCGACAUCAAGAUCCCUGAGUACUACACAUGGCAAUCGCAGGCACCUCCUCAGAACGCCCGCAACCAACCCGGCAACUUCGUUCCUCAGGCCGACUUCCCCAUCCGCAUCUCGGGAGAGCGUGUCGCGGCCCAGCAAGCACAGGCCGAGCUUGAGCGUCGCGUACAGCAGCUCCGCCAGCGAUUGGCCGUGGACCAGCGCUCUAUCGAGCGUGGCCGUCAUCAGUUCCUUGUUGGCGACCGUGGUGGCUCUCUCCACGACUUCUUGGAAGAGACUGGCUGCAGUCUGGUCCUGCCCCCUAGCUCGGACGACAGCGAGGAAGUCUACAUCGUUGGACCCCCUGACAGGAUUGAGCAGGGUAUCAACAAGCUCGAGGAUCUUGCUGCUAGCAUGACCAUGGCUACUGCUGAUGCCACUCGUGAGCACCGUGGCCCCAACGCACAGGCACACGCCCACAACCUGACGCGCUACCUGCGCCAGCGUAAGGCUUUGGCUGAGCUGGAGCGCCUACACGAGGCUAGCAUUGUCGCUCCUAAGGACCGCGAUGGCCCGACCGGCUACGAGAUCUACGCUCGUGACGGCAAGAACAGCAUGAAGGCUCGUGGCGACAUCAUGAGCGUUUUCGGUGCUCACCCUCCCAGCAGGUUCUCUACCCUCGACGUUGACCCCUUCUACCACGACUUCCUACGUCAAAAGCCAGCUCCUCAGAUUCGCCAGGACACUGGUGUACACAUCGUCUUCCCUGAUGAAGAGGAGGAGUCACCCGAGCUCAUAUUGGUUUACGAAAGCCGUGACCCGUACGAGUCGUACUCCAUCCCUCGCGGCAAGCCCCAGAACGACGAGAUCAAUGCCUACAAGAAGGCUCUACAGGAGGCUUCCGAUCUCAUCCACCGUCUCACAAAGAACCAGCCCCAGAUUGCAUCUCGCGACCUUGAGGCUAGCCAGAAGUUCCACCGUAAGAUUGAGCAGUUCGUUAAGGAGGAGCAGGCGGGUCUUGCGCACGACCAGGUUCCUGUCCAGAUUCUGCUCGGUGAGCGACGGCCUGAUGCUGCCAGCCGCUCGAAGGACAGCUUUGCCAUCCGUGGACCUUCCAGCGCUGUUGACGACCUGAACGCUAAGAUCUUGGCCUUCAUCGAGCAGGCUGAGAAGGAUGAGCUUGAGCGUGGCCACAUCACCACAUUCGACUACCCCCAAAAGUACGCCAGCCACCUCGUUGGCAAGGGUGGUGAGAACAUCCAGAAGCUGCGCCAGAAGUUCGAUGUUGAUGUCCAGAUCGACGAUGGCAAGGUCACACUCAAGGGACCUUCACAGAAGGCCGAGGCCUGUAAGAAGGAGAUUCUUAGCCAGGCUAAGAAGCUUGAGGACGAGGCAACUCAUAUUCUCAAGAUCAGGCCUGAUUUCCACCGCGAGCUCAUUGGGGCUCAGGGCAAGCAGGUCGAGCGUCUGCAGACACGCUACGGUGUUCGUGUCAACUUCCCCAGAAGGGCUAAGAAUGAUGACAAUGCCGAUGCCGCAUCCCAGCAAAAUGCGAAGGGUGGUCAGAAGUCUGAUGAAGUUAUUGUCCGAGGACCCAAGAAGGGUGCUGAUGAGGCUCGCGACGAGAUUCUCAGCCUUCUCCAGUACAUCGUUGACAACUCCAACACCGACACUAUCUCUGUUGCUCAGAGCCAGAUUCCUCAGCUGAUCGGCUCUGGUGGUCGCGAGAUGGAGAACCUUCGCCUCACCACCGGUGCUCAGAUCGAUGUUCCUGGUGCUCGUGAGGGUGCUGAUCCCUCCGGUCGCGCUGAGAUCAAGAUCAAGGGCACUAAGCAGCAGGUCCAGGAGGCCAAGAAGAUCCUCCAGGAGCGCGUCAAGGUCUUCGACGACACCGUCACUGAGACCCUUGACGUUGACCGCAAGCUUCAUCGCAACCUGAUCGGUGGUCAGGGUGCCAACAUUCGCCAGAUCGUCACCUCGGCUGGUGGACCUGAUAACUCUCGUGACCUUGCUCGCAUGGUCCGCUUCCCUAAGCAGGACACUGACGGUGACUCCAACACCAUCCGCGUUGAGGGCCCUAAGAGCGUUGUUGAGAAGAUUGUUGCCGCCAUCAAGGCUCAGGUCUCAUCUCUUGAGAAUCAGACCACUGAGAUCCUCGAGGUCUCUCCUGACAAGCACCGCCUAUUGAUCGGCCGUGGUGGCGAGACCCGUCGCUCGCUCGAGUCACAGUUCAACGUCCAGCUGGACAUCCCCAAGCAGACCACACAGGGUGCUGCCCGCAGUCAGGUCAAGAUUACUGGUGAGUCCUCAGCCGUCGAGAAGGCCAAGGAGCACAUUCAGGAGCUCGUCAAGGGUCAAGAGGGUGAGACUGUCGACGUCCCCCGUCACCUCCACCACGUCAUCUCCGACAACGGUCAAUUCUUCCGCCGUCUCCGCAACAACCAGAAGAUCACCGUCGACCACGGCAACCAGCAGCCUCCCCCCAAGCCUGCCCAGACCGAGGCCGGAAAGUCAAGGAAGGGCGCUAACGGCGCUUUGCCCUUGAUCACCGACGACGCUACUUCUGGUGCUGACGAGCACUCCUGGGAGCUCAUCGACAACAACGCCGUCGAAGAAGGUACCGACACCUCCGCUACCAUCCCCUGGAUUCUUCGCGGCCCUGCCGAGAACAUACCCAAGGCACGCCAGCAGCUCGAGGAUGCCAUCAAGGCCGCAUCCAAGCCCAGCUCUACCGGCUUCCUGAUCCUGCCCGACCCGCGCAGCUACCGCCUCGUUGUCGGCUCCGGCGGCAGCACGAUCAACAACCUGCGCAAGGAGACUGGUACCAAGAUCCAGGUCCCCCGCGAUCAGGCUAAGGAUGAGGCGAUCGAGAUUACUGGCUCGAGGGAGGGGUGUGAGCAGGCGCGCCAGAUGAUUCUGGAUAUCAUUGCUAAGGGCGGCAACGGCCGCGGUCGCCGUGAUGAGUAGAGAGUGAUCGGCUGAGGUUGAUAUAUCAUGAUAUGUUUGUUCUUUUAGCAUGGGUGGAGCGAUUUGCGUUCAAGAUACACAGGUCGUGGGUGAACAAUGUGUGACCUUUUAGUUAGGGAAUAAAAGUUUGACCUACC